ACACACCUCACGGCUAUAUUCUGCUGCUUCAGUCUGUUGUAGACAAUGGUUACUGUCAGUUGUCCGUCGGCCUAGUCGUUGUUUGCAUUGGAAGUCACGUGCUCCGACCGAUUCGCGAUACGCAAUCCUUACCAUACGACCACUAGUUCUGGUUAUUUUUUUGGGAAAAAAAAAAAAUCAGUUAUUAAUUUUCAAAUCCGCUUUCCCCCCCAAAAAAAAAAAAAAAAACGUCCGUGCGUGAAGUUCCGUAGUACACCAGUUUGACGGCGGUAUUAUAAAAAAAACUUCCAUAGUAACUUACAGCACUUACCAUAAUGGCCAAGCAACAGCGACGAAGUUUGGCCGCGCUAAUCGGAUUGGUCGUCUUGCAAGCGAUCCUCUUCGCCUGUACAGAAGAGGUAGCAGCAGGGACAGUACGGCCAUCGACACUGUUCUAUGACGACGACACCAAUAUUCAGUUGGUCAGCGUGGACGUGCCCCCGUUGGUCCGGGCUACCGACGACACAUACGAGGCGAACACCAUAUACUUGGUGUGCACCUACACGAUGUACGGGGAAAACGGCGAUGGGUCCAACCAGCAGAACGACUCGGCGAGGAUGAAAAUAAACGAUUUGGACAUGGAAAAAUUGCAACAGCAAAAAGGCGUUGUGAUCAAGUGGUUUUUCCGGCGAACGGUCAGUGACGAAGAGGAGAACAACUACACGGUACAAAGACAGGGUCUCCGCGAAGAGCUGGUGUACCAGUGGAUAGCCGGAGCCGGUGUCAAGGACGGCAACGGCAACACCAUCAAUACCCUGCGGAAUCGUGCCGUCGACGUCAGUUCCAAACCCCUGCCUGUGUUCAUACCCAAGGGCGAUAACUUGCUCCACCGAGUGCUCAAGAUCUCCAAACCAACGCCCUCGCUGACGGGCGAAUACAAGUGCAGGGUAGAGAGCUGGAAAGACGACGUCAACUCCAAUUGGUAUCCAAUGAUCGUACACACCACCGAAAAGGUGUUUAAUAUCGAUGUGAACGAAGUGCCGAAGAACGACGCUGAAGACCACGACGAUGUCAAUCACUCGGCAAAUGAAACCACUUCGACAACACUGCAACCGAGAUUGUUCACGUCUACUCGAAAGCCACGAACCUAUAUGAACGUCACUUGUUUUGCCUCUGGCGUGCAGCCCAGGCCGGCUAUGGAGAUUUGGGUGAACAAUAUGUUGGCCAUGGCGACCGGAACCCAGAUAACCGUCGAUGCGCCCAACAAGACCGCACUUGUCCCCUAUCAAACGUACUCGGUGUUGGCUUACGGUGAAGUGUCGGUGGAUCCUUAUGUAGAUCCGACUGCGCCACCGGCCAACCACCAGCAUCUCAUUAAUCAGCUGUUCAUCGAAUGCCGCUUGCGCGUGCCCGGCUUGUUGAAGUCAUCGUGGUCCGACCGCAAUUACUACGUGUCUCGCAGGGGCAAAGGAGUGACACCUUCCACGGUGAUGGCCCCGGUCGACCCCGACUACCAACCGUUCCCUUCCUUGGUGACUUCGUACGGUAACGAAGCCCACGUGGUGGCAGAAGUCAACGACAGUAGCGCCACGACCACCACCACCAGCACAGCUUUUCCAAUAAUGAUGGCCGCCGCCGCUGUCGGAUUUCGUCACUAACGCGAAUUCCACAUAAUAAUAAUAAUUACAAUAAUAUGUUACCUUGUUGUCAUAUAUUAUAUCUCACGUGUAUCCGCUCCGGAUCCGGAGAUGAAAUAUAUUAGACAAAUAUUAUAUUUAGAUUCUUGCAAUCACUUUCACCGUCUGCACCGGGAACUCGCGUACGUGCGUGUCCUUAUCUAAUCAAAACAACACAGCGACAUUGCUGAAUAUUAUUCGAAUGCACCUGCACAAUUUUAUUUGUGUCACAACCGACGCCGAGUGUUUGGAACCGGAAUUUUUCAUCCAUCAAACAGCUCAAUUUAAGAAAA